AUGGGAAUCAGGCUUGUCCAUUCAACCCCUUACUAUCCCCAGUCUAAUGGCCAAGUCAAGGGAAGCAACAAGGUAAUCAAAGGUAUUCUUAAAAAGAUGAUUAAGGAGAGGCCAAGAGCUUGGCACGAUUUAUUGCCAAAAACCCUUUGGGCAUACCGAAACUUGAAACGUUCGGCUAUCGGUACUUCUCCUUAUGCCUUAACCUACGGCCACGAUGCCAUCUAG